GCAGCCAGCAGUCCUGGGGGAAGCGGGGCCCAGAGCAUAGACCCCCGGGAGCCACAUCCCGGGCUAAAGGGGGAGCCCGUCCCCGUCCCCGACCCGGUCCCCCCGCGGGGCCGGUCCCCGGCGCCCUUCGGGCCCAUCCUGUGCGGUUAGCGCCGUUUCUCCGCAGCUGGAAGGGCCCCGCGGCGGGAGCAGGAAACCGGGGGAACCCGCCGCUCCCCGGCCCCCGAGAGACUCACCCAGGCAUCCGGGACGGGAGCCGGGCUCCGGGGCUCGCUUGGGCGCUCUCCCUCCGCGGGAGUCGGGGCUGGAGGGGAAGGGGCCGCCGGGGAGCCGUGCGCGGACCUGGCGCUGCUCCUUCCACCUUCCCAACGGGCCCCUCCCAGCCCCGCGGCCCGGGCCGCCCCCCGCCCCGCAGGCAGCAGAAGCGGGUUAAAUUCCCGCGCCCGGCGGACGCUUAGGGGGCGGGAUCCGGGCAGGCCGGUGGCGGAGGCAAGCGGGGUUUUUCCUUCCCGCCGCGGGCAGGGGUCCCCGGGCCAGCUCCGUGGGGAGCCGUCCAGGGCCCCGCUCCUCCCCCUGCUGCCGGGGCCCGCUCGCCCGGCCCCGCCCGGGGAGGAGGAAAUCAGCUGCUGUCCCAUUAACAGGCGCUGGCGCUGAGCGGAGUUCAGGCCGGGGUCAGUGGGAGUUCGCAGCCCGGGCUUUACCUUUGCGCCCAGCCGUGCGCCGGCGGCACAUGCUGCCUCCUGCGCUGCGCCCCGGAGCGGCCGCCGGGCCUGGCACGCAGGGCGCAGCGAGCGCCGAGGGAGGCAGCGCCUUGGCAGCACAGCCCGCGGAGCUGGCAUGGGCCGGAGGCGCCGGCUGGCGGCGGGGAGCGCGCGGCGGGGACCCAGGGGCUGAGGCUGCUGCUCAGGGGACAUGAGAGUCCGCAGAGACCUCGGCUGGCUGGCGGAAGCGACGGAGCCCCCAGGUGGCGGGGGGAGCCCCGUGCUGGAGGCCAUGGAGAUGCCGAGCCACUCGAGGCAGCUGCUCCUGCAGCUCAACACGCAGCGGGCCAAGGGCUUCCUGUGCGACGUGAUCAUCGUGGUGCAGAACGCGCUGUUCCGGGCGCACAAGAACAUCCUGGCGGCCAGCAGCGCCUACCUGAAGUCGCUGGUGGUGCACGACAACCUGCUCAACCUGGACCACGAGAUGGUGAGCCCGGGCGUCUUCCGCCUGGUGCUGGACUUCAUCUACACCGGCCGCCUGGGCGAGUGCGAGCCGGGGGAGCCGGGCCUGGGCGCGGUGCUGGCGGCCGCCAGCUACCUGCAGGUGCCGGCCCUGGUGGCCCUGUGCAAGAAGAAGCUGAAGCGGACGGGCAAGUACUGCCACCUGCGAGGCGGCUACAGCCCCUACGGCAAGAUGGCCAGGGGGCUGCGGGCCGCCACCCCCGUCAUCCAGACCUGCUACUCGGGUGCCCCCCGGCCUGUGGACAUGCAGCCUGGCGAGCCCCACAACCCCCUCAGCACCCAGUGCGGGGAGCUCUAUGCCUCCGCCUCCCAGGGCACCGCCCUGCACCAGCCUGGGCUGUGCCCACCCGAGAGGCACUGCUCCCCCCCCUGCGGCCUGGACCUCUCCAAAAAGAGCCCCACCAGCCCUUCCUCCCAGCUGCUGCCCACAGACAGACUCCACACGGGGACAGCAGAGCCCUUGCUGCCCCCCAGGCACGACAGCCCCCCGGGCAGCGCUUCCCUGCUGGUCAACCACAGCUCUGCCUACAAAGACCCCCCCCAGGUGGGCGAAGGCGUGAUCCACCCUGCGGAGCGCUUCCGUGGCAGCCCGCCCUGCGCCGAGCCCCUGGCCCGGGCCGAAGGCCGUGACUUCCUGUACCGCUGGAUGAAGCACGAGCCCCCGGGCAGCUACCUGGAGGAGUGUGAGGCGGAGAAAGAGCCUGAGCGGGAGGAGAAGGCCGAGUCGCCCCCGCAGUCCCGCUACCCCAGCAUCGAGAGCAACGAGCUGGAGAACGACAACAGCACCAGCGAGGACACGGGCAGCAGCGAGGGCCCUCCUGGGGGCACCCUGGGCCCCUACUGCAGCCACCUGGCCUACGAGCCCGAGAGCCUGGGGGACAACCUGUACGUGUGCAUCCCCUGCGGCAAGGGCUUCCCCAGCUCGGAGCAGCUCAACGCCCACGUGGAGGCCCACACCGAGGAGGAGCUGUACCACAAAGCAGCCUCGGAGCAGGCCGGCCCCUUCCUGGACAAAGGUGGCCAGAGCCUGGGCGACAUCAUCCGGCCCUACCGCUGCUCCUCCUGCGACAAGGCCUACAAGGACCCGGCCACGCUGCGGCAGCACGAGAAGACGCACUGGCUCACGCGGCCCUACCCCUGCACCAUCUGCGGCAAGAAGUUCACGCAGCGCGGCACCAUGACGCGGCACAUGCGCAGCCACCUGGGCCUCAAGCCGUUCGCCUGCGACGCCUGCGGCAUGCGCUUCACCCGGCAGUACCGGCUCACCGAGCACAUGCGCAUCCACUCGGGCGAGAAGCCCUACGAGUGCCAGGUGUGCGGCGGCAAGUUCGCCCAGCAGCGCAACCUCAUCAGCCACAUGAAGAUGCACGUGGCCGGGCCCGACGGCAAGUCCAAGCUGGACUUCCCUGAGAGCGUCUUCGCCAUGGCGCGGCUCACGGCCGACCAGCUGGGCCUCAAGCAGGAGAAAGCGGCCGAGCUGCUGUCGCACACCUCCCACUUCCUCAGCGACCCCAAGGGCCUGGAGAGCCUGUACCCGCUGGCCCGGUUCACAGCCGAGCACCUGGGGCUGAGCCAGGAGAAGGCGGCCGAGAUGCUGGGUCCAGGCCCACUGCUGCACGGCGACCGGACCAUAGAGUGCUAUUCCCCCACCUAGUGCGGUGGCGCAAGACCCCCAGGGCCGCCCACCGCAGCUGGAGCCAAAGAGGCCGCGUGGCUGCUGGGUCUGCAGAGCCAGCGGUUCUAGCCCCAGAUGGACUCUCUGUAGCAUUUGGGGAGUGGGAAUUAUUUUCCCAGAAAAUGUGCAGUGGUGGAGAUCUUCUGCUUCCCCCACUUCAUGGGGACAGACCAGCCCAGCCAAACAGCGGGGGGGAGGCCAAGCCCCUAGCUGAGGGUCCCACAUGAGUGGUGCUGCGGUGGUGCUGGGAGUAAUAUGCCGCCGGGGUGGGGCUGUGUUUCAGCUGGGCUAUGGCUUGGUGCGAAUAGUAGGGUGAUGGGGUGCGGCUGUGAUCAAACCCCACUUCCUGGCCCACGGCAUCCAUCCCCUCUUGCGUCCUGUCAUAGCUGCUCCCUGGAGGCUGCCAGGAGCCGUGCCCAGAUACAGGGCAGUCUGUUCCGUGCCCCUGCCUUACCUGGCACAGCCACCAAGUGCCCAGCAGGGGCUGGUGCCUCCCACCACAAGGAAAAUGUGAACCUGCCUCCUACCUCAGGAGCCAGUCGCUCCCCUCCCUGGGACUCAAGGAGGGCCAUGGCAGCCUUCCCCGCCAGCCUCCCUGCUGCAGACGGGCCCAAUACGAGCACAAUAACCCAGCUCUGUGCCCACUGCUUAAAUCUUCCUCUCCUGCCCCCGCCCCCUGCCCCCAGUCCUAGGCUGCCUCUGCUCAGGCCCCCCUGGAGCCCAGCUUCCCAAUGGCGCCAGGCCCAGAGGAGCCCAGGGCUCUGCGAGGGACACAGACAUUUGCUGUUGAAGCAACUGCAGCUCCGCUUUGUGCCUCAAUGAAAACUGGCUUUCGCAGCUGCCUUCAGCUGGGAUCCCCCCGGCUUUGCUCACCAGCCUGAACUCCGGCUCGAGAGCGCGGCCCAGCCUGCUGCAAAUGCAGAGGGGCCCCUCCAUUGUCCAGGGCUGUCAUGUCCACUAGGCACUGGCUGCACCCCAGCCAGAAGGGGCUGUCAGUGCCUGCUGCAGGGAACAUGAGCCUGGCUCGACCCCUGGUAGCAUGGGCGGUGGCAGCAGGAACAGCUCUUACCCAGAGUAGCCUUGUCCCUGCAGCCUUUGGAGGAGCUGCCCGUGGGCACAGCUUUGUCCAGCAGCCGGAUCCCUGCUGGGUAUAGUGGGAGCAGCAGAAGGGUUUGAUCUUCUGAGGCCUCUGCAGGAAUCUCUACACCCUGGCCCAGCAAACCCUGCCCAGAGCCUGGGCCUGGCACGUGCCUCUUGCUACAGAGCCCUGGUUGGGGCAGCUCCUCUGCCAGCUCUGACUGCAGCUGGGCCUGGCUCCCAAAGAUCCUCCUGGGCCCACCUCGCUGAGCCGAAACCAAAGCAACCAGCUGAGGAGGAGACCCAGCCCCCGCACCCUCGCUGUACUCAGGGAUGGCCCCAGUGUCCUGCCUGGGCUGGGCCAGGCCCAGCUGCCUCAGAGGAGAAUUCCUGCCCUGGGCGAUUCCUGAGCCCAGAGCCUCCCCCCGCCACCCUUCCCCAGUGGCUGGUGGGAGGGAGCGUGGAUCUGGGGCCCAGCUGGCCUAGACUGAGCCCCUGGGCUGCAUCCCUCCCCACCCUCCAGUCUCUGCUCAGCGGGGGGCUCAGGGGGGGACCGUGCUGCUGUUUCUCUGGGGGUCUCUGCUGGGAGCUGGGCUGGGAGCAUGAGGACACGGGAGCCGUUUGUUAAACCCCAAUUGAGCUUUCCCAGGGGUGGGCGGCCCCCCUCCUGCCUUACUAGGCUGCAGCGGGGGAGCUGCCCCCUCCCAUAGCUGGUGCCCAGGCAGAGCAGGGCUCCAGGCCGCAGAGCAUGCAGGCACGGGGCCGGGCUGCUCUCCGGCUCUGCCUUGCUGGGCACCGCUGGGCAGCAGGACUCUGCCAUGCUCGGGCAGGGGUGGGGCUGAGAGCUUUAUGCUGAAGCCAGUUGGGGGCCAGUGACACUGAGGGGGUGAGCGGGUAGGUCUCUGGCCUGGUGGCCAAUGGGGACAGGUGCUGCACGCAGGCGCCCCCUCGCCCCGCCCGGCCAGGCUGCACUGAGGGGCAGAGCCUCCCCGCACUCCUGGGUUAAUGGGGCACAAGAUCCAGGUGCUGCCACUCCCAGAGCCCUGCCUGGGGCCUUCCUUGCUCUGUCCAGGCUGGGCCACCAGAGCCGUAGAGGCUGGGCCGAGGGCCCUGGCCUGAGGGACCCAGGGCGGGGUCCCAUCCCACCCCCGUCUGGCCUGCAGGAUAAUGUGAAGCUCUUUUCCCUGCCUUAGUCUUUUCUCCUUUGCACACGAGGCCGAGGCGGCCACCCCACGGUGCCUGCUCCUGGCCUCCAACCCACUGUGCCUUUAGCCUGACCGGCUGCUCCGCCAAGGGGGCUUGGCUCCGACUGUCCAUGCUGCCGGCUCAGGUGCCUCUGGCAGAGAGAGAGGGCUCUGACCCUGCCUCCAGCUGCGCAGGAACUUGGGCACCAAACGGGCUCCCCAGGCAACGAAGGGCUUGGCUAGGGCCCGGAAUCCCAGGCCAGAGUCCAGCACAGGCUGCCCUGCCCCCUUGCAGCCAACAGGGCAAAGCUGCAGCAGCUGCGACCAAAGCGCAGGGGGAGGGGACGUAUCCAGUGCAUGGAUCCAGGUCUCCCUGCCCCCUCCCACUUUGUAUAUUCUUCUGAUUUGUACACGGGCGUUUUAUCCCGUCCUUUUCUAUACUCAAGACCAAAUGAGCAAUAAAGUGACAUUAACACAG